CUUAUCGCUAACGAGCCAGUGAUUUGCGAAUCGACUCAACGAAAUCAUUACAAAUGAGUCGACUCAAAAGAAUGAUUCAUUCGCGAAUCGGACAUCACUGUGUGGCACUGAAGAAGUAACUCAAGCGAAAGAUGAGACGGCUAAGAUCUCAGACGGGUCGACAGCGUCUCGAUGCUUAGAAAUUAUGCUUUUCGAGCCGAGUUUACAUAUUCGGGUUUUUGGAAAAUUGAUUCAAUUGUCAUACACGGUCGGACAAACCGCGAUCCUAAUUUCCAAGCGCGUCUGUUAUCCCUGAAACCCCUCUCGUAUCAUGACAUGCAGCGGUGUUAUUUUGCGCUGUGAAAAGAGUAAAACAGUGCUAUCAUCUGUUCUGGUUUUCAUUUUAACUAGUUUACAAAUAGGGACGGAUGGUUUUAGGUGCAAUGCACGGACGAAUGGGAAGAAGUACGUUUCUUCUGACGCUUUUGACUACUUUUAGCGGCUUUGUCAACUCCACAUAUGGAACAUGGAAGAGCAGUUUUCAUUCGAAUCGUGUGAACAACAUGGAAAAGCCUCCCUCUCAGCCUCACAUCAUCUUUAUCAUGGUUGAUGACCAAGGAUUUCGAGACGUGGGAUAUCACGGGUCCGAAAUAAAGACUCCAACGCUGGACAGACUCGCUGCUGCGGGAGUUAAACUGGAGAAUUACUAUGUUCAGCCUCUGUGCAGCCCGUCCAGGAGCCAGCUGAUGACCGGCAGAUAUCAAAUCCACACCGGCCUCCAGCAUUCCAUCAUCCGACCCACUCAGCCAAACUGCCUCCCUCUGGAGAACAUCACCCUCCCUCAGAAACUGAAGAAUGCUGGGUACUCUACUCAUAUGGUGGGAAAGUGGCACCUGGGGUUCUAUAAGCGAGGCUGUAUGCCUACACAGCGUGGCUUUGACACCUUCUUUGGCUCUUUGUUGGGUAGUGGCGACUACUACAGCCAUUACAAAUGCGACAGCCCAGGAAUGUGUGGGUACGAUCUUCACGAGGGGGAAGAAGCAGCCUGGGAGCAGGACCAUGGCAUCUAUUCCACCAUUAUGUAUACUCAAAAGGCUGUGAACAUCCUGGCAUCUCACAAUCCUAAUCGGCCAAUCUUCCUCUACUUGGCCUACCAGGCUGUACACUCGCCCUUGCAGGUUCCUGCUCGCUACCUCGAACGUUACAAGUCCAUCCCAAACUUGCAUCGUCGUAAGUACGCUGCAAUGGUCAGCUGCUUGGAUGAGGCCGUACGCAAUAUAACUCUAGCUCUCAAGCAGUAUGGAUAUUAUGACAACAUGGUUAUGGUGUACUCCUCAGACAAUGGAGGCCAACCAAUGGCAGGAGGCAGCAACUGGCCACUUAGAGGCAGUAAAGGAAGUUACUGGGAGGGAGGAAUACGGGCGGUAGGGUUCGUACAUAGCCCUUUACUGGUCAAAAAGGGCACUAGAAGCAGGGCUCUGAUCCAUAUUACUGACUGGUACCCAACACUGGUGAUGCUCGGUGAAGGUACGCUCGAUGAGAACCAGAGUCUUGAUGGUUAUGAUGUCUGGGAAGCCAUCAGUGAGGGACGUCCUUCACCCCGACUGGAUAUUCUCCACAACAUAGACCCCAUCUACGCCAAAGCCAAGAAUGGCUCCUGGAAAGCAGGCUAUGGAAUCUGGAACACGGCCAUCCAGGCAGCACUCCGUGUAGGAGACUGGAAGCUUCUGACUGGUGUGCCAGGAUAUAGUGACUGGAUUCCACCACAGACUUUCUCCACCCUGCUGUUGGCCAAUCGUUGGCACAAUGAGCGUGUGAGCUGGGAUCGAGGCAAGUCUAUAUGGCUCUUCAACAUUACAGCUGAUCCAUAUGAACGAGUGGACCUUUCCCGACGAUACCCACAUGUGGUGAAGAAGAUGCUGUUCAGGCUUCUACGGUACAACAAGACAGCUGUGCCAUGCCGCUACCCUCCCAAAGAUUAUCGCUCCAAUCCUCAGUAUAACGGGGGAGUCUGGGGGCCCUGGUACACAGAUGAUGAUGAAGAUGAGGAUGAUAACCUUCUCUCAUAUGAUUUAGAACAGAUGAAGAGUUGGAAGAAAGGAAAACGGAGAGGGAAAUUCAAAAGAAAGACCUGAGGUCUAUAGAAUUGUUGGCUCCCAUUUUGACAUUCUUGGUACCUUUAUGAACUCAGGGAUGUAGUCUUUAAGUAAUUUUGAGUAUAGGUUUAUAGAUUUACCUCCAAUUUCAUGAUCAAAUGUCAUUUUUUUCGUAUUUUAAAUAUUUUCUAUCCCAGUUGAAUGUGCAGAUAACUAUAGAGUGUAAACACUGUGGGGCUUUCAAAGCAUUGCUCUUCUUUGAAAAGUCUGAAAUGUCUACUUUUGGCUCAAGCAGAUUUGGGUCAGGACAACCGGCAGCAGACGGGAACAUUGGAAGAAAAGCAUUGAUUUUGCAACUCCGUUUGGUGCCGCUAAAGGCACAAAAACAAUGACUUUAAUGACAAGAAAUGCAUGCUGAGGAAGGAAACCACUUCAACUACUACUACAAGUCCUAGAGCUUGAAUUUAAAAAAAAAAAAGUUUUGGGGUUGCAUAAGAAAGUUAAAUGAAAUUGGUGCUAUAUUCUUGGCAAACAUUUGAAAUGAGAGAACACACAUGAAAUUGCGAACCUCAGAAAAAGUAACAUUAAAGGGUUAUUUCACCCAUAAAUUAAAAUUCUCUCAUUAAUUACUCAGCCUCAUGUCAUUCCAAACCCGUAAGUCUUUCGUUCAUCUUCAGAACACAAAUGAAGAUA